AUUGUUAAUUGAAAUGUGACAGAAGAAAACUGGAAGGAAACGUAUUUCCUUGCCCACAACAGUUGUAAACCACAGUCACUGGUGUUCAUAUUUAUUCCACAACAUUAUGAUUUGAAGCGACACCACCCAUGCAACAUAACAAUAAGCUAAUUAGAAUGAUAAAUUGUCAUUCUUUAAUAUUUUCAACGGAAGUAAACUCACACUAUUUCCAUCAAUUCUGGAUUUUCUCUGACUGUGACCCACAAGGCCUCCUUGAAAUUGCGGCCCUCCAACUUUGCAAGCUUGGACUAGCCUGAAGUGCAAAAUCGAGAGUAGUUUGGUGUUUUGGGCGAGCAUAAAUGUAAACAAAGUUAAUUUUUAUAUUAUAUUAUGAUUUUAGAGUGUAACUUAUGCAAUAUGAAACUAAUGAAUUAUGGGGAAUUAAAGAAUCUAGAACAGAAUAUUUGCAAUAGCAGGUUAUACAUAUUUAUGCCUCAAAAAUAUCCAUGUCCUCGUAAUUCUUUUGACUCCAGUAUCAAAACACUUGUUAGUACACGGUACCAUGUUAGGGUUAAUACUACAGGUUUCUUCCUGCCAAAAAGUGUCAUUAUUUUGUUACUUGUACACUUGAUGGUAUAUAUGCACACAAUCAAAUGUUCGAUGCCCUCAAAUUUAGCCUACUUUUUUUUACGGUAUCUCGCCAACACAACACUGUGAGACUGUCUGGUCUCGCACUUUUAUUUUCAUGGUAACUAGACUGUGGUGCAUGGAAUCGACUUUUUUUUGCUGAAACAGUGAUUGUUUGGUAUGUACCGGGUUGCUUUGGCGUACCUAUUGCUUUUCAUUUUAUUUAUUCAAUAACAUAUUUAGUUCGAUUUUAUUAUAUUCAUUGGGUUUCUGUUAGAUUCUCCCAAGGGGGGAGUCGCUCGAUAACCAGUAUUGGUUUUCGACAUCUCCUUUCACCCUGGAAUGCGACUUUUUAUAUUUCCUUCAAUUUGUGUAUGUAUAGUUUGUACUUUCAGCAUGUUGAAGAAAUAAAUUACUGAUUACUAUAUUUACUAACUCACUCCUUUAUUUCUAGCUUUGCCGCAAAUUGAAAAUGUUUCAUCUCAAAGAAGUGGAUUCGACAUUCUUUUGACUUGGAAUGCAGUAUCUGUCAGAAACGUUCUAUACAACAUAGAAAUCUUCUGUGAUGAUGAAAAACAUGGAGAGACUCACAUUACAGAAGUUCCUCAGUAUAGGAUGCAGUCACCUACACUUGGUAAAACAUAUCGUUUCCAAGUCUGGGCCAAGGAUGAAUGGGGAAACUCUGGCGUUAAAACGCAGUCAAAAAAUGUUAUAAAAGUCGAAAACAUUGGAGUUGAAGGGGAUACAGUAAACCUCAACGAAUGCAAAGUUACUUUUCCGGAUGGAACAUUCAAUGAAACAACAAAGGUCUGGAUGUCACUUGGAUUGGACAAUUCAAUAUGCCCACCACAAUACAUCGCAAUCACACCAGCUCUCGACAUCAGUGCAGAAUCAACAUUACGCAAAAGCGCAUUAGUACAAAUGAAGACAUGGCGUCUCGAGCUGAAGAAAGAGAAUGUUGACAUACUUCACUUUACUAAUGACACUGACUGGAACAUUAUUAAACCUGAUCUAGUCACGCAUGACAGAACUAUAGAAUUUCGCUGUCAAGAGUUCAGUCGAGUACUUGCCGUUAUCAACGCUAUCAAACGAUGGUUUUCUGGCCCCCCUCCUCCAGUUCUCAAAGAAAACUUUCUUUAUAUCAUGGGUCAUAAUCAAAUUUGCAUCACAUUUUUCAGUCUAAGUGAACUUGUAGAAAGAAGCAUAAUUACAUAUUACGAAAGCCGUGGUGCACAACCGGUACCAACAAGAUUCAACCAAGUGAUCUUAAGACAUGGAGACAAAAUUCAUCUCAAACUGCGAAUCGAAGGAGGGCCUGGAGACUUGCAGUUCAAUGAACCUAAUGGUCACAGAUUUUCCGUAGAUGAUGAUUUCUUAAUGGCAUCAAGACAUGACUUUGAAUUUGAACUUCUCCCUAACUUGCAACAAUAUCCUCAAAUUGUCAUCAAAUGUGAAAUGGAGAAAAAUGAAGAUGAAAUUAAUAGAAAAGUUAUAAAAUUUACUUUCCCACUAAAACCUCCAGAACGCAGAGAACCUCCACCUAUCAACUUUGCUGGAGCAAAUAUUGGGAAUCUGCAUCUACCGGAGAGAGGAAAUCAGAACAAUCAGCAAAUGGGGCAAAAUGAACAAGAAGAAGCUGGUGCAGUAGGUGGAAACCAAGCAAUAGAAUAAACCAAUACAGCAUGAAGGUGAUGACGAUUCUGAUGAUCUUGAGAAGUUUCCCAAACUGACCACAUUCUAAAGACAUUGCUAAAAUACAAAUGUUUCAUCAACAUGUUACUGUUAAUGUCGUAUAUUCAACAUUACUGUCGUUAACAUUACUGCCGUUAUAUUCAACAUUAAAUUUCUCCAAUAAUCUCAGACUGAAUGCUGAAUGAUCCUGUGGUAUCCUGCAACACAUUAUGGACAUGCAUAUGUAGUAAAAGGCUUAAAUAUUAGUAAUAUUAACUCUUAAAGAUUAGAUAGUCUUGUCCAGUAAUAGUAGAAUUAAGGGAAAAAUUUUAUAAUUUUUUUUGUGUGAAAUGCUGAUUUUGCAUAGGCUUGGAUUGUGAAAACAUAGUAAUUGACUCUUAGUCAUAUGCACCACCCUUCAGCAACGGUUUCGGUAAUUUAGGUCAUCCCUCACAAGAUUUGACCUCUUGAACUGUUCUCAGAGCAUUUUGUAAAAUCCUGCACCAAAUCCUGAUUUGCAUGUUUUGUCAUACAAAUUCUUGUCAUUUCAUAAUAUUUUUAAUUUUUUUUUCCUAUUAGUUUUACAAAUUAGGCUGGGUGCUGCAUUAAUGCUUUAGCUUCUUAUGUACUAUUUUUAGUGAGUCAUAACAAACUCACGUUAAGCUUUUCCAGAUAUCAUGUGUAUUGUUUUUAUGUCGCCCUCAUUCAGAAAUUUUUGUGUAAUUAUAAUUUUAUGGUAUGUCAACAACUUCCAUUAUUUAGGUCAGGUUUUGAGUUUUUUCUUAUAAUUGACAACUGCUGUACUUAUUCUUGCUGUAUGUCAGUUUACUUUGCCACUCCACAUUUUUGCUUGAAUUUUAAAAUAUAUAAAAAUAAUAAAAACUAUAAAAAUCAAUAAAAAUUAUAAAUAAAAAAAAAUCCAAGUUAUUAACCUAUAUCGUAACCCGUUUCAAAUAGCCAUUGUUCGAAUUUUUAUUAAUUCUUGUUGUGAAAUGCAUUAUUAUCUUUUGCUUUUAUGUUUUUCAAUUAUUGUCAACCACUGAUAUCUAAUAUUUCUGGGUAUAUUUUAGAACAUUCCUAUAAAUUUAUGAUAUUCUGAUUUGUCGGCAAGCCGAUUGAAAUUGAUAUUGUGUUCCGAAAACUUGGUAGCUAAGGACUCUACUGGAGCCCAGUGUAACUUUGCCCCUAAUCUAUGUAAAGUAAUAAGAAAUGUCCAUUAUGGAUUCUAGUAAUAUUAUAAUAGUGAUACAUGUAGAAUAUUACAAUGAUGUUUUGUUUUGCAAUGCCUAUUACAAAUUUCCAUUUUUUUGUUUUGCGUGAGUCAGGUUUUUAAAUUUUCAUGUACUGCAAUCCGCUUUUCUUGUUCAUUCUCUUGUUUAUUCACUCUUCUUGUUUAUUCUCUAUACCUCCGUGUGUUUCUCUAAGUUUUAAAAAAGUGAAAAUAGUCAAAAAAUAAUGAAAAAUAAAAAUUUAUGUAUUUUCCUAAAUAUGAAAAAGUAAAAAAAAUUAAAAAAACAGCAAAAAAUAAAAAAAAAUUUCGUGUAUCCCAUAAAUUUAAAAAUAUAAAUGUGAAAUAUUUCGUUAAAGAGCUUAUAGCUUUAUGAUACAAAAUGAAAUGAUCAACAUAACACUUUGGCCUGCAUAAUCUAACAGGUCUUCGUCAAAAAUGCUUCGAUUUUCUUUUUAUUCUAUGUUGUAUUUUGUUAAUUGUUGUAGCAUCUGUAUAAUAAAUAAUCAAUGUGAUAGAACCGGGCUCCAUGCCCAAGAGCCUGAUUGCCUA